GUCAGCCGUCUUCUUUCGCUAGAAACCCUAAUUUUGGGGGACAUGUUGCAAGUCUCAGUCGCGCACCUCCUGAGAAUCGUGUCGCCGAUGAAUUCGUUAAGGUCGGCUUCUGGACGAGCUAGUUAAACAUCUAUCGUCUGCCAUUUUAACUCUCCAGGAAAGAUCGCAGAGAAUAAUGGGGAUUGAGCUCAGAUAUGAACUUUGCACUUGUUUUCACCACAAAUGUAGUUCGUAAAGCUUAUCGCUUUCUCUUCCCCUCUAGAAAAUUCUGCAACGGAAACUUGAAUGGUAGUGACGAAGAAUCCGAUUUAGGGUUUCCUCAUUUAGAAGAUCGAGAAGCAAUCUGUGUUCGGAGUAAGGUUUUAGAGACUGGUGCGUCUCGUGUUCUCGAGGCAUUACAUCAAGAAGAAGACUCUGUUUUCGAUACAAAGUUUUCACCUUUAGAUGAAUUGAAUGUUAGAGUCUCUGGCCUUCUCGUUAGAGACGUUCUCGUAGGGAUCUUGAGAAACUUGCGUUGUGAUGAUAACAACAAGACUAGAUGCGCCAAAUUAGCUUACAGAUUCUUCGUUUGGUCUAGAGAGCAAGAACGUUUCAGACACACGGUGGAUUCUUACCAUUUGCUAAUGAAGAUCUUUGCAGACUGUGGUGAGUACAAGGCAAUGUGGGGGUUAGUUGACGAGAUGGUUCAAGACGGGUACCCGACGACAGCGAGGACGUUUAAUCUCUUGAUCUGCUGCUGCGGCGAAGCUGGUCUUGCGAAACAAGCCGUUGUGCAGUUCAUAAAGUCCAAGGCUUUUAACUACAGGCCCUUUAAGCAUUCUUAUAACGCGAUUUUGAAUGCUCUGCUUGGUGUGAAGCAGUAUGGUUUGAUCGAGUGGGUGUAUGAGCAGAUGUUGGAAGACGGGUUUUCGCCGGAUGUGGUGACGUACAACGUUCUCAUGUGGAGUAACUAUAGGUUAGGGAAGAUGGAUAGGUUUGAUAAGCUGUUUGAUGAGAUGGCUAGAGAUGGUUUGUCUCCUGAUUUUUAUACAUUCAACAUUUUGCUCCACAUUUUGGGGAGAGGGAACAAACCGCUCGCCGCGUUGACUACAUUGAACCAUAUGAAGGAAGUUGGGAUCGAGCCGAGCGUUAUCCACUUUACUACUUUGAUAGACGGUCUGAGCCGUGCAGGGAAUCUAGAGGCGUGCAAGUACUUCCUUGAUGAGAUGGUGAGAGUUGGGUGCACGCCUGAUGUUGUUUGCUAUACCGUGAUGAUCACAGGGUAUGUUGUAUCCGGAGAGCUGGAGAAGGCGAAGGAGAUGUUCAGUGAGAUGACAAGUAAAGGGCAGUUGCCGAAUGUUUUCACAUACAAUGCUAUGAUCCGGGGGUUGUGUAUGGCGGGAGAGUUCAGAGAGGCGUGCUGGAUGCUGAAGGAGAUGGAGUCUAGAGGGUGUAGCCCGAAUUUUGUAGUGUAUAGUACAUUGGUGAGCUAUUUGAGAAAAGCAGGGAAGCUUGGAGAGGCUCGCAAGGUAAUAAGAGACAUGGUGAAGAAAGGACAUUAUGUUCAUUUAGUUCCAAAGAUGAUGAAAUAUAGGAGAUGAUGUUAGGUUUCUUUUUGUUAAUUUGAGGUUGUUGUUUCUCUCAUUUACAGAGUUUUGUAACUUACAUUCUUGUUCUUUCCUCAAAGAAAGUUUGAUAAG